AUGGCAGCGUCUCCUAAUAUACUAGGACACAUAUCGCUAGGUGUUCGGAGUUACGAAGCCUCCAAAGCCUUCUACGAUGCUGUGUUGGUGCCCCUUGGAUUAAAGCUUGUCAUGGCCACUACAUCGCAGACACCGCGCACACUUGGGUAUGGUCUAGAUCUGGAUCACGAGCUAGUCAACCUGUUCGAAUAUAAGGAUUCGGCGGCGCCAGGUUCGGGAUGUCACAUCGCCUUCAAUGCGCCGACCCGACAGGCUGUGCGGGACUUCCACGAGGCAGCAGUGCGAUGCGGUGGGAAGAGCAACGGCGAGCCGGGACUAAGGAUCCAUUACGGCCCAAAGUACUAUGCGGCCUUUGUUAUCGACCCUGAUGGAUGGAGAUUAGAAGCUGUUUGCAAGUCGGACGAGUCGGAACCUUCUCGAGCAUUUACAUAG